AUGCCGCCAGUCGCGAUAGUCGCAGUGGUCGAGUCGGAAACGGCCAUCUUGGCUGUUCAAUUGUCGGUCUUGGUCGCACCCCCUGCUUUGAGGCAGUCGAGGGCUCAUAACCACUUGAAGUGUGUAUGUGUUCGAUGGUUGAUGUGUCUACGGAAGAAGCGAGAAGCACAUGCCUCAGGAUUCAACUGUUGGUCGUGUGAACAUGCCCUACUCGCUUACGGCGGUGACUCCAAAGUACGGAGCAAAUAUACAGAUGAAGCUCAGGACAUAUUCCUUCGUGCGGAUUCGGCUGUUGACGGGCCAGGAAAUAAUGUAUGCACGUUCAACCAGAGAGACGAGCUCUGCAGAACGAGCGAUAUUGUGCAAAAUCACGCCGGUCGCGGUAAGUCAGUAUUGGGACAGAAGUUUGCAUUCAGAGAGAAGCUGCUCACAGUGCAUCUACGAGAGUGGCCACUGCACAUGUCCUGGGAAGGUAAAGAUCCAAAUCAAGAUGAAUGCUCAGGAUUCUCACGAGCAAGCAUAGCCAGUAAACCGCUUCCCUGCCGCUGGCCACCUCUGACACGCGAGCACCGUAAUUACCCUGUAGAAAGACAGGAGUCUUGCAGGAGCGACAUGAUAUCUCCGCCCAGCGUGAACCGAUUUCUCGUGGGGCUCGUAUUGCUUAUGAUCGCCAUGUUUCGUCAAGCAAUCUAUGCUGUCCUUGGUCGUCUAGCCAGUCACUCGGUAUGGCAGAAUGUGAGUCCAAAUCAGCAUGAAAAGAUGACGUUCCAUCUCGGCUCCAAAGCCCAGACAAUGUUGUUCCAAGGACCGCUUCAUGCCCCGAAUCCCAUGAGCUCGGACGAUCUCUUUAAAUGGCCAUCUAGUCAACGGCCUUCACGGUGCGAAGUGCACUUUCGGCAGAAUAUUUUUAGAGCUAGGAGUCAUUGA